AUGUCAUCCCAAUACAAACCAACACGAGAAGAAGCGACCACCCCUUCGACUUCAUCCUAUCUCUCUUCCUCAUCCCCACGCUCCAAAAGCUCGGGCUCAUCUGAAAAGGCAAGAGAAGGAGACCCAUCAAAACCAGAAGACUUCAUCUCGGUAAUGUCGCACAAAACUCCAUCCAAAUUCACCGACCCUUGCGCACAUGCUGCAAAACUCUCCAUGAAGUGUCUCGAUGAUAACGCUUACGAUAGGAGCAAAUGCGGAGAUAUUUUCAAACAGUAUAGGGAAUGCAAGAAAGCUUGGAUUAACCAGAGGAGACAGGAUCGCUUCAACAAUCGUCCUGGAGCUUUUGACUAA